AUGGCUGAUGUUCCUCCCCCAACCUCAUCCAAGCUCCUACGGAUGGUGACCGAGCUUCAGCAAGCAAAUCAACGGAUGGCGGAGGAAAAUCAAAGAAUGCAGGAUCAAAUCGCGCAACUAGUCAAUGCUCGGCUGGAGCAUAACAAUGAUCACCAUAAUCAAGAAGAAAAUCGUGAGCGCCAAUCGAUACCGACCCAUGUCUCCGAAACACCUCAACAGGAGGAGGAAGGAGCCCAUGGAACCGAGGAGGCCCAACCAAACGCUGAGGACGAAGAGCGCGACAACUCUACUGGCCCAUUUACGGCCGACAUCAUGAAUUUUCAACUCCCGAGACAGUUCACCUUGCCAACAACUUUAACCCCUUAUGAUGGGAUGGGAGACCCGAAGCAGCAUAUUAAAAAAUUCCGAUCUAUUAUGAUCGUUAACGGUGCAUCCGACCCUAUUUUAUGUCGUUGUUUUCCCUCUUUUUUAGAUGGUCCUGCACUUGACUGGUUUUGCUCUUUGCCUGCAGAUUCGAUAUCGCGUUUCCAAGAACUAGCCAAGCAGUUUGAGGAUCACUUUGCAGCAUCCACAAUAUAUUUGCAUGAUUCUGACUACCUGAUGACCAUCAAGCAAGGCCCACAAGAAAGCCUGAAAGAUUAUAUUACUCGUUUUACGAAGAUCGCCAUGAGAAUCCCCGACCUUCAUCCUGAAGUCCACCUCCAUGCCAUUAAAAGCGGUCUUCGUCCGGGCAAAUUCCAAGAAACAAUUGCUGUGAGUAAACCGAGAACCCUGGCAGAGUUUCGCGAAAAAGCCAAGGGGCAGAUAGAUGUUGAAGAGCUCUGGCAGGCCCGCAAAGCAGAAAAAUCAACCGCCGUCAAGGAUGAUGAUAAGCCCCGGGACAGUAAGAAAUCAUUUAUGCCAGAUCCCCGAUAUGAAUCAUACACCCAAUUCAACGCAAAGAGAGACGACAUUAUCAAAGAAAUACUCAACUCCAAAUUAAUCAAACCUCCUCGUAAGGCCGGUGCUUACCCGGAAUCCAAGACUGUCGAUAAAUCCAAAUAUUGUACUUUUCAUCAGAAACACGGACACACAACUGAUGAAUGUGUGAUCGCUAAAGACCUCCUGGAAUGCUUAGCGAGACAAGGUCAUCUCGACAAGUUUAUCACAGGACGUAUGCAGAAGAAUGUAACCUCGGCUUCUGACCUUGCAGCGGCAAGCCCCUCAUCAAAAGAAAAAGACAAGGCACCAUCCCAGCCUAGAGGAAUUAUCAAUUGUAUUUCAGGAGGAUAUGCGGGAGGAGGACAUACAAGCUCGGCCCGAAAAAGAACUUACAGGGCCAUGUUGGCCGUUACAGAUGCUCCUAAAGUUCCUCACCCGGUUCAGGACUUCCCAGAAAUGAUUUUCGGUUCAGUCGACUUUCAUCACACCGACCCUAAUUAUGAUGAUCCAGUGGUGAUUUCUAUUCAGUUGGGAGACUUAAUAGUCCGCAAAGUACUUCUCGAUCCCGGAAGCAAUGCCGACGUUUUAUUCUUCACUACAUUCGAAAAAAUGAAACUAAGUAACAAAAUUCUGCAACCGUACCAUGGAGACUUGGUCGGAUUUUCAGGGGAACGAGUCCCUGUUCUGGGUUUCAUGUGGUUACAAACCACACUCGUUCCCUGUGCAGGAUAA